AUGAUCUCUGAAACCGUUCAAUCACUAUCAUCCACCCUCCACUCCACUUCUACAACGAUUACCAAUAAAAUCCACGAUAAUUAUCCAAAUCUUUCCGAUAAACUCACCGAUAAUUAUUCAACUAUUUAUAGUACAUUCAACGACAAAUAUUUUGCUAUUUAUUCCAGUUUGAGUAACACCAGAUCCACCGUUUCUUCGACCUUUAAUGAUGGUACAGCUUAUAUAUAUAACCUUUCCUCUUCAAUUGGAAAUCAAGUUUCUUCUUAUGCAUCAAUGAUAGAACCUGUUGGCGAUCAUGAAGAAAGAGAGGUUACGAAAAUUCAUCCGAAUGAUAAUUUAGGCAAGGAUGUCAUUAAAUUAGAUGUUGAUAGGGAAGAAAUCUUCAAUCAUAUUGUGGAUUUGUAUUGUUGCAAGCCAACAAAAGAAUGUUUUAAGCAUUAUGACGAUGAUGCGAUAUUUGAAGACCCACUUAUUUAUGCUGCCGGGUUGCAGAAUUUGAAAGCGCAAUUCUAUGGAUUGCCAAAAGUAUUCGUAAAAUCCACUACCCAAUCCUGCAAGAUUUUAGAAAAUACUCCAAAUUACUUAAGAUUUGAAUUAGAACAAAAGUAUGUUCUUCCCUUCGUUGGUCGCGCUAUGAAGAUAAACAGCCAAAUCAAAUUGGAAUUCAACCCUGAAAACAAAAAGAUCAUUAGACACACCGACCUUUGGUAUGGAAAUCCAAUCGGGAAAGAAGGAAUGUUACGUAAGGGAGCUGCUACACUUGUAUCCAUGUUCGUUAGUGUUCCAAAGGAAUAA